ACAUCGCUGAGGGUCACCCUGUCCCCACUGAUACGACAGAAUUUCUUGAUAACAGUCAGGUUGAUAUGAGACCAAACAGGUGUAUAUAAAGCCCACUCCAUUCCACACUGAGCUGUAUCCACUCAGGACUGUUGGGUGCACAGGAAGGACCAUGAAGUGCCUCAUUGUUGUUUUGGUCUGUGCGGUGCUGGCCGAGGGAAUCGUCAAGGUCCCUCUGGUGAAGCAGAAGUCCAUGCGUGAGGCCCUGAGAGAGAAAGGGGUCGAGCUCCCUUACCAGGAUCCUGCACUCAAGUACCAGCCAAAUGAGUUUGCUUCUGUCAACAUGUACAUCAAUAACUACGCUGAUACCACCUACUAUGGAGCCAUCACCGUCGGUACACCACCCCAGUCUUUCCAGGUACUGUUUGACACCGGCUCUGCCAACCUGUGGGUGGACUCCAUCUACUGUAACACUCAGGCUUGCAACACACACAAGAAGUUCAACCCCCGACAGUCCUCCACCUUCUCCUAUAAGGGUCAGAGUUUCUACCUGCCCUAUGGAGCUGGAAGCCUCAGUGGAGUCUUUGGAUAUGACACUGUCAGUGUUGGAGGCAUCGAAAUUGUGAACCAGGAAGUUGGUCUGAGCACAAAUGAGCCUGGACAGAAUUUUGUGGUGGCUCAGUUUGAUGGUAUUCUCGGCCUGUCAUACCCAUCUAUCUCUGCUGGAGGGGAGACUCCCGUCUUUGACAACAUGAUGUCUCAGAACCUGCUCAAUCAGGACAUCUUUGCUUUCUACCUUUCCAGGGACGGACAACAGGGCAGUGUGCUCUCUUUCGGUGGAGUUGACAACAGCUUGUACCAAGGCCAGAUCUACUGGACCCCUGUGACCUCUGAGAGCUACUGGCAGAUCGGCAUUCAAGGAUUCCAGAUUAAUGGCCAGGAGACCGGGUGGUGCUCCCAGGGCUGCCAGUCUAUUGUGGACACUGGAACCUCCAUGCUGACAGCUCCAAGCCAGCUUCUGGGUAGCAUCAUGCAAGCCAUUGGAGCCCAGCGGAGCCAGUAUGGAAUGUAUAUGGUGGACUGCAGCCAAAUCAACAACAUGCCAACUCUGAGCUUUGUUAUCAGCGGCGUCGCCCUCCCUCUGCCUCCCUCUGCUUACAUCAUGCAGCACUACCAGAAUGGAUACCAGUUCUGCUCAGUUGCCAUCACCCCAACCUACCUGCCCUCUCAGAACGGACAGCCCCUGUGGAUCUUUGGAGACGUGUUCCUCAGAGAGUACUACUCUGUCUACGACCGCACCAACAACCGCGUGGGAUUCGCUACAGCUGCUUAAGUGUCAUCACGACAAUCUAAUAAUUUGGGCAGAAUUCAGUUUCACAUAUAAUUGUCGGUAUGUUGUCAGUGUGCUUGUUACAUGUCUUG